AGUCUGUCGGCGCUGAUGGUUAAAGGUUUCGCUUCAUAUUUUGUGUUACGCGUCACAGAACGUUCUGGUCAGUAGUGUCUGUUAUUUUAAAAUCAAUGUGACAGGAUGACGGGACAGGAUUUCCUCUCUGCCGUGUUUCUCCCCUUAUUAUUCAAACAUAAUAGAGGAACUUACUCUGUGGUUUACUGCCGAUGCUGCAGUAUGUCUGCGGUAGUUUAAGUGGCUUGAAAUUUGACCAUAGGGAACAAUAACAUGAAAUGCCACACACAAUGUUACAUGUACUUCUCACUCUAGAUAUUAUCAAUACAUAUUAUUUGAGGUGCGGUUUACAGUAAGUGUCAAGUUCAGGGACCUACCCCUAAAACAACUUUAUCCCCAAUCAGUAUACCAGGAUUGUCCUCACGUGGCACAAUAGUGAGUUGUUCUCAUGACGCUUGCGAGUAGAGUUGUGAAUUUGUGAUGUGUAUUUGCAUAUGCUAUACAUUCAUACAUACAACAUGUAAAUAUGACGGCAUUGGAGCUGUCGAAAGGCACUUGAAGGGAGCUAAACUAACUGUCUUCCUGCUUCAAGUCUUUGUGCUAAGCUAGGCCUUUAGGACCAGUGUCUGUGUUGUAUGAAGUCGUCAAUAUUCUCAUCUAACAUCCAGUAAACGGUAAAAAGAAUGCACUGCACUUCCCAACAUGUUGUCGUAUUCCUUAAUGUGCAGACUGAGGAGACCGGCAGAGGCACUAGCUGUCACUUUAUACAGAGUGUAAAUCUUUGAACGCUGCCCUCUUUGGUGUUUGACCUCUGUAACUGAUUACCUGAUAUAUACUUUGUGAGUGGCUAAUUGAUAACUCACAGCAUGUCUCAAUACACCAGCAGCAGAAAUGUUUGCUCACAGACGGGUAAACAGAAACUGAUUAGAAAGACAAGCGGACUGGUGUUGGUCUUCAUCAUGCCGGCCAACCUUUGCUGCGUCCGUCAACCAGCAGAAAGGAAACGGAAUCGCAAAUACACGCAGACAAGCAGACGAGGUGAGUGUUCACCGGUCGGCCUCUGGAAAGAAGUCACUUCAAGGGUCGCGGGGCAAGUUUAGUCGGUUAAAAUGCAUCGAUUGGGAACAAAAAUUCCCUUGUUAGUCACGCGGCACAGCCUUAUCAAUACUUGUCCACAUGAACAACUUUCUCAGGAGCUAGACAGGUCAGAGGAGUCCUCUUGGUUUGUAGACAUUAUGGGAGGAUGAUUUUGUGUCGCAGCUUUUCUAUACAAACACUGUAAUCCUUUUCGGCUCUUUAUGCGUUACAAAGACAUCUGACUUUGGGCGUGUAGCUGAUUCACAUGUGCUGCCACCGAUGAUGCUGAGAACUUCAUAGUUGUAGCUAAAAUUUCACAGUCUGUGCUGACAAACCAUGCAAACCAGCGUAGGUCUGAUAUCAAGGUUGUCACCAGAAUACUAGUUUGUGUAGGUGUGCUGUAGAUUAAAAGCUUUCAGUUUAAGGCAGGAAGUUAGAGACACUGACAACCAGUUCCUUGCUGGACUAUGAACCCUUUAAUAUAUACAACUCUUAUCUGCAGCGUCAAUGGUCUUGUUUUAAAAUAGUCUUAUUUUGAAAGGAUUUUAAAGGAGACAGCACUACAUGAAAUUAGUGGUGUCUUUGGCAACUGACGAGGAAAAAUGCAGUGCAAGUGAUUAUUUAUCGGCAUGUAUUCUGAGUGUCUCGCUCAGGUAAAGGUAUACAGAGAUGCACAGCAGCAGGGAGGGGCGGAGGAAAGAGGAGCGGUAUAAUCGCUCCAUAACUCUCACAGGUGUGUGUAUGUGUGUGCGCAAGAGAGACAGACGGGGAGGGAGUGGAAGUACAAAUGAGGAGAGCAGGAUGAGGCGGGCGAUGCUCUUCUGUCUCUGUCGCUGAGGGAGGAAGAGGAGAGCAGACGGAGGGACGCGAUGAAGGAACGCACAGACAGGAGAGAGGAACAUGCAGGAGAGAGGUUUGUCCGCAUCUCUGUGGAGGAGAUGGAGAGCUACUACAGAUGCACCCAGUGCUGUCAACGGCUGCAUUACGGCAUUCUGCAGAGCGAGGAUGGUCCCCUGUGUGCAGCAGAAAUCGGCUCUGAACUCCAGAAACAGUUUGCCAUCCGGCCAGGGGGCCGCGGGAUGAACGGCAACCCCGUCAUCGUCUUGCCAGAGUUCCCAGAUUUCAGCGAGCUGGAGGAAGAGGAGGUCCAAAAUGUCCUCGGCUACCUCAGCAGCAUCCCCAGCGUUGCAGCAUCAGCCGUGGGUUUCAUCCUGGUCAUCGACAGACGACUGGACCGAUGGGCCGCCGUCAGGGCUACCCUGCUCCGCAUCGCUGGUUCAUUUCCAGGGAACUUACACUUGGUUCUGGUGUUGCGUCCCACUACUUUGCUCCAGCGGACUCUGUCAGACUUCCUGUUCAAGUACAACAGGGAUGAGUUCAAAAUGAAGGUGGUGAUGCUGAGUUCGGUGACUGAGCUCCAUGCUUAUAUCGACCCAGGACAACUGACCACAGAGCUGGGAGGAACGCAGGAAUACCGCCAUGACAGCUGGAUCUCACACCGCACUGCGAUCGAGGCGUUCGCCCUCAUGGUGAAGACCACGGCUCAGACCCUGCAGGCGUUCGGCACUGAGCUUGCAGAGACGGAGUUGCCCAACGAUGCCGAGGCCACCACCAACCUGCUGCACACGCACACUCUGAAGAAGGAUAAGAUGACGGAGGACCUGCAGGUGGCUCAGUCUCAAGGGGGACGGCUGUUGGAGUGUAUAAACGAGCCUCUACAGACGGACCCUGAAUACAUCAUGACCAGUGACGAACUGGAAAACUUAGCUACUGUGCAGAGACUCCUGGGUCAGCUGGACGAAACCGAGACAGCGUUUGAUGAAUUCUGGGAGCGUCACCGCACCAAGCUGGAGCAGUGUCUGCAGCUCCGCCAUUUUGAACAGCACUUCCGUGAAGUGCGCGCCCAUCUCGACGUGACAUCAGAGCGGCUGUCAGGUUUCUCUGAGGUCAGCGUAAGCCCCGCCCAUGCUGAGCACGUCCUCCGAGAGCUCAGCGGACACGAGGACAAAGCCUGUGACGCACUGGACCAUGCCCUGUCCCUGGCGUGUGAAGGUGACAGGCUGAUAGAUGAUUCCCACUACGCGGAGGACUCCAUCAGGCCCAAGUGUAGCGAGCUGAGAGGAGUGUGCGAGGAGAUCAGCUCCACUCUGAGGAGCAAGAAGAGCUUCCUGCUCAGGGCGAUGGAGCUCCACCACGCUCUGGAGAAGGCGUCACGGUGGUGUGAGGAUGGCAUCUUCCUGUUGGCCAGUCAGCCAGUGGACCGCUGUCAGUCUCAGGAUGGAGCUGAAGCAGCUCUGCAGGAGCUGGAGCGAUACCUGGACACGGCGCCGCUGCACGCCAUCGCCGACCGCAGCGCCAUCUGCUGCCAGUAUGAGGCGGUGCUCACAACUCAGCUCAGGGACCAGGUAGAGAGAGUUUUCCAGAAGCAAAGCUCCGUUCAGGAGAUGUUCGAGAAGAGACGCGUCAGCCUGAAGAAACUCGCCGCCAAACAGACCAGACCGGUCCAGCCAGUGGCACCAAGGCCUGAAGUGAAGUCUCCGCUCUCCUCUCCCAAUCAACAGAGAAAAGAGAGAAGAUACUCUGCAGAUAAUGCCAUCUGCAAAAAGGUGGAGUCUCCCAUACAUAACGGUGGCACCAGACAUGCUUCUCUCUCAGAAGAGGAAGAAAACCUGGCAGUGCUUCGGCGCCACGUGAUGAAUGAACUGCUGGAGACGGAGAGAGCGUACGUGGAGGAGCUGCUGUGCGUGCUGGAGGGCUACGCAGCUGAGAUGGACAACCCAGCCAUGGCUCACCUCAUCCCCAGCACCCUGCUGAGCAAGAAGGUCGUCCUGUUUGGCAACAUGUCUGAAAUCUACCAGUUUCAUAAGAGGACGUUUCUUAAAGAACUGGAAGCGUACACUGACUGCCCAGAACUAGUGGGCCACUGCUUUUUAGAGAGGAUGAAGGACCUGCAGAUCUACGAGGCGUACUGCCAGAAUAAACCUCGCUCUGAGAGCUUGUGGAGACAGUGCUCCGACUGUGCCUUCUUCCAGGAGUGCCAGAAGAAGCUGGAACACAAACUUGGUUUGGACUCCUACCUCCUUAAACCUGUCCAGAGAAUCACCAAGUACCAGCUGCUGCUGAAGGAGUUGUUGAAGUACAGCAAGGGAUGCGACGGCUGUGAUGACCUACAGCAAGCUCUCUCCUCCAUCCUGGGGAUCUUGAAGGCUGUUAACGACUCCAUGCACCUCAUCGCCAUCACGGGAUACGAGGGUAACCUGUCGGAUCUGGGUCGCCUGCUGAUGCAGGGCUCCUUCAGCGUGUGGACGGAGCAUAAAAAAGGUCACGCCAAAGUCAAAGACCUGGCCCGGUUCAAGCCCAUGCAGAGGCACCUGUUCCUGCACGAGAAGGCGCUGCUCUUCUGCAAGAGGAGGGAGGAGAACGGGGAGGGCUACGAGAAAGCUCCGUCCUACAGCUUCAAGCACUCCCUCAGUAUGACUGCGGUGGGCAUUACAGAGAGCGCUAAAGGAGACAACAAGAAGUUUGAGGUUUGGUGUAACUCCAGAGACGAAGUCUUCAUAGUCCAGGCUCCAACACCAGAGAUUAAAACGUCAUGGUUGAACGAGAUCCGCAAAGUUCUGACCCAGCAGCUCAAAGCCUGCAGAGAUGCCAGUCAGCAGAAGAGCUCAGACUCCGUUUUCCCGAGUCCCACCAGCAACAGCAGCUCCAUCUCACUCAGUCCAUUUCGUAGCAGUGGUCAGAAAAAUCAGAAGAAGCAAGAGGAGAAGAAGGCGGAGACGAGCUCGGUGUCUGACUCCUCUUCUUCACUGAAACACAAAGAUGAACCAGUGACCAGUCCGACCACUGACAGGUCUGCAGUGGCUAAAAAGCGUUUUACUUUGCAGGGCUUCAGCAAUCUGAAGAGUCCGAAAGGCUCGGCCCUGAGCCCCGAGCACGGCUCCAAACGCCACUUGGUCAAGAGUGACCCCACACCGUUUGGGUUCAAAGCCUGGACCAAGGCGUCUCUCUCGGUGGACACCUCAGAAGAGAAUGAUGGAUACUCCAGCAGCGAGGACCCCAUGAACUCUGACACCGAGGACGAAGAAGGAAGGAAGCUGGCUCCGGGAAAGUACACGGUGGUAGCGGACUGCGAGAAGGCGGGACCUCAGGAGCUGUCUGUCAAGAGCGGAGACAUGGUGCAGCUAAUCAGAGAAGGAGAGGAGGGACAGUGGUUUGUGAAGAACCUCCGCAGCAGUCAGGAGGGCUGGGUGGCAGCAGCGAACCUCCUCAGCCUCAUCUCAAAGUCCAAGUCGUCCCAGUCGCUCAGCAGCUCAGACGGCAGCGUCUCGGGGAACCUCAGCACUUCUUCCAGCUGCAGCGAGACCUACACCAGCUUCUCCGACAUCAAACCCUGACCUGCGAUCACUGUCCCAGCCCCCCAUGUCACAGUCCAACAAAUGCUACCAGAGUUUUAUCUGACGGCCGACUACACCCACCUUUUUCUGAUUAUUUCUAACCUCCUGUCAGUCUUAUUUCCACCCAGCAGUAUUAAACUCUCACUUUAGAUUAUUUUUACCUUCAAAGAGAUCAACAUGCUGGCCUUCUUUAAACAUCACAGUAUCUGUGGUGUACAGAGGAAAGCUAAACGUCCUCCGUCUCAUAAUUAAUCCUUCUUGCAAUGUAGCAUUAAAGUGGACACAUUUGAAGAACAUCUGCACUUAAAACUGAACCCCUUCAAGCCGACGACAUCGCGGCACAGCGACAGAUUCUUGCGCGGGACGUCCACAGGUGCAGAUACGAUCAGAGUCGGUAUUUCACAUGAUGCUUUAGUGUCGGACAUUAAUCGUACACCGUGAAAAGUGGCAGCUGGCUGCAAAAAAAUGCUUCUUGUGAUCUUGGAGCAUCUCUGAGCAGGUCAAAUCUUCAGGACGUGUCACUGUGAGUCUUGUCACUCGCAGGGGGAGGUGUGUUAGAUCCCUGCAGUGUCUGGCGGGCCAGCGGUUGCAUUCCUCCCAUGUUGUUGAUAAGAGCUUCCCAGCUGGUUUUGUGGUGUUAUCUUCUACUGGAAACACAGAGUCAAAUGCAUCACUUGGUGAAUGUCACCCACAGCGCUACCUGGUGGUCAGAUGUCAUUCACUUCUCAAGCCUCACAUCCAAAUCCCUUACACAGCAAGCGGCAGCUUGGAACAACUUUUGGACCUCCUUUUUUUUCAUCUAAGAGUGAUUCUCUAACUCUGAGCUGCUCUGGAUUUACCUUCUCAGGAAGCCCCAGACGUCGCGUGGGCCGGCAGGUGUGACCGCAUACCUGCUUGUGUCGACUCAGCUCCUUUUGUGUGUGCACGUUCUUGCACAAAUCCAACUAGUGUAUGUCGCCCUCCGGAGGCUAGAGGGUCAUUCUAGUGCAUUUAGCUGCUGGAUUAAUAUCUAAUGUCAUGACCACUGCGCUCACCUAUCUUUCGUUUGCACUGCGGCAACAAAAGCAGGCUUUGUCCCCUCCCCUCUGCUCCCAGCCCCCACUCAGGCAUGUGACAGGAGCCACUUCUCUACAAGCAGCGCUAACCGGGGCCCGGACCUUUCUCAACAUGUUUUGCACCAGCCGCCCCCCCCACAGCAAUAUUUGCUUGCUUAACCAUGUAGCUGAGUAAUCGAAUAACAAGGUGCAAAUAGGAAAUAAUGAGAAAAGUCUGACAGGGGGGGUAAACUAAGUUGGCUGUAGUGGAAAGGAGGGUGUUGAUAGCAUGUCUCUGACAAACCAGCUGCACACAAGGAAGCUGUGCUAUUCUGAACACUGAAUGACCUUUAUCAUACCUAGUUUUUCAAAGGCAAACAUGUUUUUAUGGUGUCAAACCGCCACCACCCCGUGGGUUACAUUUGUCCACCACUGUUUAUCACCACUGUGGUUUUGUUACACACGGCCCCGACUAUGAUUAGUGCUCGUGAUGGUUUUCUCGGGCUCUUUUUGCUGGAAAAAAAAACACCUUUCUCAUUCAAAUCACAACACGCAUGUCCUCCCUAUGAAAGGAAAGAUUCUUCUCCAGUAAAAAAAAGAAAGAAAAGGACACCUACGGGCCUCUCUGUGUCAAACUGUGAGCUUAACCAGGGAGUAAACUGUGGCUGGCAUUAUGCGUUGACCUGUGUGAGACCGAGAAAAUGUAUGUUACACUUGUACAGAUGUGUCCUCUAUACCUCGCAUUGUUUUCCUCGAGAGCAUGCACAUUGUGAAGAGGAUCAUGGUUUAUGUGAGUCUCCUUGUCUCUCUGUAGCGUCUCUCUUUGUGGCAUGUUCCUCAUGAACCUCUCUUUGUCAAGGCCCCGAACAAGGGAGUUUAUUUUCUGCCCUCCUGGGAGCUGACACGGGCACGAAACUUAAGUCGGUGUUCUAUCAUGAUCACACAAUGAAGCUUAUUGAAGGGUUUGUACUUUUUGACCUGGAGGCUGGAGAGAUGAGAAGGGUUAUAUUUUUUAGGUUUCAUUUUAUGCAGCACAUUGCAGCGACCACUGUCUUUAUUUUCCUAUUGUAUCUACGGAGUAUGGUGUUGCUAUAAAUAUAUUAUCAUGAGAUAUUAUGUGUAUAUUUGUAAAUAUGUAAUUCUGAAUUGUAUGUAAAAUGAAAAGCAGCUUUAAUAAAGUCUGAGAUGGUUUCCUCUAA